AUGUGGGCUGCGUGCAGCCUUAAGGUUCGCCAUUGUUUGGCUGCCACUUCUGUCACUCUGAGACGGUGCCUGAGAUUGGGGACGACCAUGGCAAAAAGCAAGUUUGAGUACGUGCGGGACUUUGAGGCUGACGACACCUGCCUGGCCCACUGCUGGGUGGUAGUGCGGUUGGACGGCAGGAAUUUCCAUCGGUUUGCUGAGAAGCACAACUUUGCAAAACCUAAUGACAGCCGGGCUCUCCACCUGAUGACAAAAUGUGCACAGACUGUAAUGGAAGAACUGGAGGAUAUUGUGAUCGCAUAUGGACACAGUGAUGAAUACAGCUUUGUCUUCAAGCGGAAAAGCAAUUGGUUUAAAAGAAGAGCCAGUAAGUUCAUGACUCAUGUGGCCUCCCAGUUUGCCUCCAGCUAUGUGUUUUAUUGGCGGGAUUACUUUGAGGACCAGCCCCUUCUGUAUCCCCCAGGCUUUGAUGGAAGAGUCGUGGUGUAUCCUAGCAACCAGACAUUAAAGGACUACCUCAGCUGGCGGCAAGCAGAUUGUCACAUCAAUAAUCUUUAUAAUACAGUUUUCUGGGCACUUAUACAACAGUCUGGACUAACACCAGUACAAGCCCAAGGGAGAUUACAGGGAACUCUCGCAGCAGACAAGAAUGAGAUUUUGUUUUCUGAAUUCAACAUCAACUACAAUAAUGAGCCAUUGAUGUAUAGGAAAGGGACUGUGUUGAUAUGGCAGAAGGUGGAUGAAGUCACAACAAAAGAAGUUAAGCUGCCAGCAGAAAUGGAAGGAAAAAAGAUGGCAGUAACCCGGACCAGGACUAAGCCAGUGCCCUUACACUGCGAUAUCAUCGGGGAUGCAUUCUGGAAGGAACAUCCAGAAAUCCUAGAUGAAGACAGCUGACCUUUUUCCUCUUCAAUUCUGGUGUGCUUAACCAUGCAAGGCCCCUCCAAGUCUCCUUACCUUAGGUGGCCCUAGCAUUCUCACCUCUCAGAACACUGUGCCAGGAAUGACAUGGCUUGAGUUGGGAUGGGAACAGUGAAGGAAGGGAUGGAUGGGGGCGGGGGGGGGCAGUAUAUCUGUUCUGCUUAAGCAGAACACAUUUUUUUGCAGUGUUGGAACAUGGUUUCUUCAGUAGAAGUGCAUUUUUUUUUUUUUUAAUCGUGGUACUAUUUUUAUAAACUAAGAACUAUAUUUCAUGUCUUGCAGAAUGAAUCAUUUUUAGAUUGUGACAUGUCUUAUAAAAAACCUGUCAGCUCUUUUCACCUGUAAUAGAAGAGGAGCCCAAACUUUACUCUCUCCGACCUGUUCUUAACUAGAGAACCCAGUGACCUUGAAAAUCUCACCUCAGCCACCCACCUACUUGCAUUCAUCUUUGGCAGACUUAAAUAUGGGUUAAUGCCUGCAUGAUGCCUCUAAAUUCAGGAAUUCCAAGGAAAACUCAGGGCUUUGUGCCAAUCUCCAAGCUGGCAAUUUUGUCUCCACAAAUGAGUAGUGGUUUAGAUGUCCUUAUGUACAUUCUGUGGAUUGAUUUUUUGGAGUUUGUCAGCAUGAAUAUUAUCAUCUUACCAGGGGUAUAGUUUCCAAGGCCAUUUACCUCUCUUAAGAAGAAAGCAAAUUAUGUAUGAGAGAGAAAACAUGUGGGAAUGAAUGAAAGAAGAUGGAGAAACAUUUACCCCAUGUCCUCUAGAUACUUCAAUUUUAAGUAGCCUUCUCAUUGGACUUCCUGAAAAGGAUUCAAGUAGUCUCUGUGUAAUCAGAACAAUAACAUUUGAAUUCAAGAGCAGAGGUGUCAACAUACCCCUUGGUGUCAAAGGAGUCAUCAUAGCUCCACCUGCUGAUGGGCUGGUGGAGAUGGGUGAGGAGCAGCAGAGAGUAGCAGUGGUAAUAAUGUUGCCAAGUUGAAGCGGGGAGGAGGAGGGUAGGUUGUGGGGAUAGGUAAUGCGAGAACUCACAUUUCCUUUUGUCCUCAUUUCAUAUUUUAGAGGAAAAGGAUUAUUUUACUCUUAAAAAUUAAGAAACAGCGCACAUCCCAGUGCUUGGUCUUGCACUGCAAAAUUUACAGUCAAUAAAAUGCAUUUUUGAAAGGGCAACGGUUGGUCUCAUCUUUCACUAAUUGACACUCCAUCUGUCAAUGCCAUUUUUUGUCUUCCUAUUCUCCCCAUCCACAAGAAUAAGAGAUCGGGCUCAUGUUUGGUGAUUGCUAAAAUCUCUGAGAAGGAAAAUAAAGGUUUCAG